GUCUGGUUAGCUGUCAUCAUCACGCCUCGCCAGCUAACUAAACGUGUUAAUGCGAUGAACUGGGAAUUUAUUGAUCAUGGCUAACCUACAGAUUCCGUUAGCCGUCGUGGUUGUUCAGGUCGUCUUGUACAGAACCUGCGGGGCUCUGUGGUGUAACUGCACUACUGCCCAGUGUGAGAAGACUAGCUCCCAGUGUGAGACUGAUGGAGCCUGCAUGGCCUCCACUUCCUUCAUUGAUGGCCAAGAGCAGCACGUACGUACAUGCAUCACACGGGACAAACUUGUGCCCCCAGGACAACCGUUCUAUUGCCGCAGUGCAGAGGGCCUGCUCAACAUCCACUGCUGCUACACUGACUACUGCAACAGCAUUGACCUCCAAGUACCCUCAGUCACGACUCAGUCAGGACUCGGGGGAGGCUAUGGCCCGGGUGGGACAUGGGGACUGGUGGAACUAGUCGCUGUGAUUGCAGGGCCGCUGUUCCUGCUGUGUCUGCUUCUGCUGAUGGGUGUGUUCCUGUAUCAGUACCACCAGAGGGCCUAUAGCCACAGGCAAAGGCUAGAGGUGGAGGACCCCUCUUGUGACCACCUCUACCUGGCCAAAGACAGGACCCUGCAGGACCUCAUAUACGAUCUGUCCACGUCUGGUUCAGGCUCCGGUCUGCCUCUGUUUGUCCAGCGGACUGUGGCCAGAACAAUCGUCCUCCAGGAGAUUAUUGGUAAAGGGCGUUUCGGGGAGGUGUGGCGAGGACGUUGGAGGGGCGGUGACGUGGCGGUGAAGAUCUUCUCAUCCAGAGAGGAGCGCUCCUGGUUCCGUGAAGCUGAAAUCUAUCAAACUAUCAUGCUCCGCCAUGAAAACAUCCUGGGCUUUAUAGCUGCUGACAACAAAGACAAUGGCACAUGGACCCAGCUGUGGCUGGUGUCAGACUACCAUGAGCACGGCUCUCUGUUUGACUACCUGAACCGCUACUCUGUCACCACUGAAGGAAUGAUCAAACUAGCACUGUCAGCUGCCAGCGGCCUUGCACAUCUGCACAUGGAGAUUCUAGGAACACAAGGAAAACCAGGCAUCGCCCACAGAGACCUGAAGUCCAAGAACAUCCUCGUGAAGAAGAACUGCACCUGUGCCAUCGCUGACCUGGGCCUGGCUGUCCGUCACGACUCUGCCACAGACACCAUCGACAUCGCGCCCAAUCAGAGGGUGGGCACCAAGAGGUACAUGGCUCCAGAGGUUCUGGAUGAGACUAUCAACAUGAGACACUUUGACUCAUUCAAAUGUGCUGAUAUCUAUGCUUUGGGGCUGGUCUACUGGGAGAUCGCACGCCGCUGUAAUAGUGGAGGUAUCCAUGAAGAGUACCAGCUGCCCUACUAUGACCUGGUACCUUCUGACCCUUCCAUAGAGGAGAUGAGAAAGCUUGUGUGUGACCAAAAGCUACGACCCAACAUCCCAAAUUGGUGGCAGAGCUAUGAGGCCUUGCGGGUUAUGGGCAAAAUCAUGAGGGAGUGUUGGUAUGCUAAUGGUGCUGCCCGCUUGACCGCCCUGCGCAUUAAAAAGACCCUGUCCCAGCUCAGCAUUCAAGAGGACAUUAAAGUCUGAGCGAAGCCAGCGGAGCACUGAGAAAGCGCAAUGAGCAGGACCCAGCUCCAGACUGUAGGACACUGAGAAGAAAGGGGCUGGGCCUUCUCCAAAGAACGCACAAAGUAAGAGACUAUAAUGGAGAGUCGCACUUUGUAAAAUAUUACUCCAUAGACACUCCUGCCAGUUUUGAAGCCACUUGAUUUCUGACAACCCCUACCUCGCUUACCCAGCCAAACUACCAAGAACACCUUUCCUGUCUUGUCCUCAGCUACUGCUGCCCUACCUGAACCUUUUUGUUCAAGGAUCCUUGGAUUUCCUAUGUUGUAUGCAAUCGAUAAUAGGAUAUGUUAUUAACCAGUUAACAGUUUUGGAAAUCAGUUACUGAUAUUUCCACACAGUCUCUUUGAUCACAGUUGCUUAAUAGGUAACAAACAGCAUUUGCUCUUUUUGUCUUUAAAAGGGGGCACGCUGGGAGAAUUAGGAGUGUUUUUAAGUUAUUUUUACUUACUCUCUUAUUUAAAUGACUAGAUCUUGUUGUUAAUAUAUGGGUGUUUGUGAGGUUAUUUCUCUGUGCCACCUACAGCACGCAGGCACAUCACAAACUGCUCAGAAGUCCUUCAAAGACAAUAAUCCAUCUGGUUCUGCUACAGCAGUGUGCUUUAGUUGUCUGCUGAUUACCAUGUUAGCAUGUACAAAGCAGCUGUGACAGACUGUGUAAAUGCAGCCCAUUUACUUUCAUCAAGGUGUUUUAAGACUUCAAAGUCACUGGAGCAUUGGGGCAAUUUGCCAAACAUGAUUUAGCCAUUGGACCACUUGCCUGGAGGCCUUCACAUGAGCUGUUGUAAACCUCAGGUUUUCCUCAUGCUUACCAAUCAGUAAGUUUUUUUUAUUUAUUUGCCUGAACUAUCUUCAGCAAAAUACACAUGUAGGAAUUAUUGAACAAAAAGGUAUUUCACUUGGAUGGAGGGUUAAAUGUGUUACUAGAGCAACAGCUGCCAGUGACUUGAUACUAUAUGUUUCGCGGACGCACACAUGUACCUCCGUGCUACAUGUUGUAUAUCUAAAUGUUAGUAUUCCAGUCUGAGUGCAGUCACUGUGUGUUGAUUAAUCCACAGAACAUUCCCUGCCCUGAGAGCGAACACUGCUGCAGUCCCGCAGAUAAGCCCGUAUACCCAACAUUCAGAUAAACCUUUGUCCUUUGCAGCAGACAGCACUAUUUACACUGUACCAUAAAUACGGGGCAGGAAUGUUUAACUUUUAGGCCCUUUUAAAAACUUGUCUUUAAUGUUCAUUUUUUAUAUUGUCAAAGCAUGUCCAAUGUUCAUUUCCCCUCAGGGCGCAUUCUCCCCGGCCAAGUAUAACUACUGCACAUAAGUUAGCUUUUUAAGGUGAUACCUGUGUGUGUAUAUAUGACAGUUAAAUGAUAUUUUAUGUUUAUGCUUAUGUUUUAGGUGGUUGAAUAUUUUUUACAGGUUUUUCGGUUGGUGGGAAGAAAAUCUAAAAUUUCUCUACUAUCUGCUUCCUGACCUAUGAAGUAAUGUUACUGUAUGUGUCUGACACACUGCUUGUGCUGACCUUUAACUAUGGCCCUCUAUUAAUGCAGAGCAGUAUUUGAUUUUCAAUCUAUUCCCCCUCACGGCUCCUUGUUUACCAUACGAUACCUCCUCAGUGUGUAAACUGUAUGUGGAUUGUUUCCUUCUAGCUAACAUUAUAAGAAAUCACUGUCUACAUGUUUUAUGUUUUCAGGAAAUAGUUGCACUUUUGUCUUUAGCUGUGGGCAGAUUCAGCAGGUACUGUGUGUGUAUAGUCGUAGCCAUGUUAUUUAUAUUUGUAUGCCGUGAGUCCCUAUGAAAGCCUGAAAGGCCACAUGUGCACUACUACUGACCUCGCAGCAUUAAAACCAAAUUUUUCUCAGAAUCAUCUCUGGUCCAGGCCUCUAGUGUUUAUUUAGGAUCCCACCUCUGAAAAUGAGAAUGUUUAUACGAGUCAUGCCAAUCAGUUGCUGUACACUUUGUCUCACUGGAAACUGUAAAGAGAAUCUGACUUUUCUUCAGGAGAAGAAAUGCUGAAACUAAAUACUACUGAAACGUCUCAAUGCUGUCUCACAGUUGUGUUCGACCAAUACUUUUUAUUUCAAGAGCACUUGCUUGCUGCACUGUAUUGUUUAAGUCUUACAGGAUGUUUUUAGGAACAAAAAGACUGCACUUGAUGCUGUUGAUGUUUGGCUGGACAGACUGGGAAGCUCUAAUGUUUGAUAGAUGGUUGAGUGUCAACCACAUUUAUACACUAAAGGGGUAUGUUUGUGAAAUUGUAUCUGCCUUAUGAUGUAUAAAAUGCAUAGUGUAUUCAAGGUUUUUAACACCUUGCUCCAAGUAAGGAAUUGAGGUAUUAUUCUAUGGGUUGUGACAAGUCCCAGGUCUUUGUCCAGUCAUGGCAAAGAUAAACUGCAUCCAUGUAAAAACCCCUUCAGGACUUCAAUCAUGUACCUUCUAAUAUAGAGUAAUAAAUGCAAUUGUUUUCCUA